UAUAAGUUGGCGCGGCGGGAGCUGCCGCCGUUCUCUUCCCUCUUCUCCCGCCAACCCGAGCCCGCGCUGAGAGGCGAAGUGAAGUGAGGGGAAGUCAGCUCGGCCUGGCUGCGCCGCUUUCAGCCCAGCCUGGAACGCUCGCCCGCUGUAUUAGCGCCCUUGUCUGGCGUGUGGCCUCCGGAAAGCAGGUUUCUGAAGACCUUGGCGUGUCUCCUGGCCUUAAAGCGUUGAAGAACCGAAAAGAUGCCGUGUGUGGCGGAUUGGCUGAACUGCCCUCUCAGUAUCGUACAGGGCAUUUUCGCUCAGAAUAGUCCAAAUCCUGAAUGGGAGGGAAAAGUAACGGAAUACUUCAAAGAGAAAUUAAAAGAAAAUAAUGCAACUAACUGGGUACCAUCAUUGAAUGAUGUCCCUCUACAUUAUCUGAAGCCCAAUAGCCUAGUUAAAUUUCGCUGUAUGGUUCAAGAUAUGUUUGAUCCUGAAUUUUAUAUGAAUGUUUAUGAAACUGUUGACACAGUUACUAAAUCACGUGUUAUGCAUUUUGGAAAAUAUAGAGAUGUAGCAGAAUGUGGGCCUCAUCAAGAAAUAGAUUUAAAUCCUAAACAAAUAGUAACUGCAGAUAGACAGACUUUUUACUGUGUUCCAGUGCCAGGAGAAUCAGCAUGGGUAAAAGAAGCUUAUAAUAGUGCAAGUCAAGCUCGAGUUUGUCCAUCAACAUCCUACACACCAAGUCGCCACAAGAGGAGUUACGAGGAUGAUGAAGACAUGGAGUUGCAUCCAUCAAAACAGAGAGAGCAGCACCUGGGAAAUGUAGCUGAUAUCCAAGGGAGUGGAGAGCCAAAGCGAUUAGAAACAGAAGCUUCUGCAAGGCAUCAGAUGAUUUCCUGCUCAUCUCCACUAGAUCUAAAUUUUCCACUCCCAGGAGAAAAAGGCCCUGCAUGUCUUGUGAAGGUAAUAAUCUUUUGAGCAAUAUCUGAAACAG